AGCGGGGUGUCCGUGGGUAUCCGCGGGAUGAGCGCCGGGUGUCCGCGGAAUUGUCCGCGGGAUGAGCGCCGGGUGUCCGCGAGGAUGGGGGCGACAUGUCCGUGGAGUGCGGGGGGACCGCGGGUGUCCGCGGGAUGAGCGCCGGGUGUCCGCGGGAUUGUCCUCGGGAUGAGCAGGCAUGGGCGCUGGGUGUCCGCGGGAUGAACGGGAUGUCCGCGGGAUUGUCCGCGGGGAUGAACGGGAAUGAGCGCUGGGUGUCCGCGGGAUUGUCCGCGGGGAUGAACGGGAAUGAGCGCCGGGCGUCCGCCGCAUUGUCCGCGGGAUGCCCGCGAUCCGGGCAGCCCGGUGCCCCCGCCGGUGCCGCGCUCCGUGCCCGCGGGCUGGGCACGCUCGGAGCCGCCAGCCCGGUCCCCUCGCGGCUCCCCGCGGCCGCAGCGCCGAGCCCCGCCUGGGGAGACUCCGGAGCGCUCCGUGCCCGCGAGUGCUUUGCCCCCAGAGACGGCGCGUCCCAACGCCGCCUCAAACGGAGCCGCGCUCCGGCAGCGACAUCGUCCAUCCCAUCAAGGUCGACGAGAGCGGAGCCUUCCUGUCCUACGACUUGUCGCACCGGGCCCUUCACCGGAGGUCUCCUGCCUCCAGGAGCAAGCUCCCCGCCUUCUACGAGCUGCACUACAGAGGGCAACCCCUGAAAUUCAACCUGAGCCUCAACAGGCACCUCCUGGCCCCGGGCUUUGUCAGCGAGAGGCGUUUCGGGGGCAUCGCCGGCGCCAAGAUCCAGCCCCGCUCCUACAACCCGUGCCACAUGAUCGGGGAGGUGCGGGGCCCGCUGCAGGCGGGGCUGGCUGCCCUCAGCACCUGCGAUGGCCUGAAAGGUGUGUUUCAGCUCAUGAACGAGGACUAUUUCAUCGAGCCCGUGUCCAGCAGCCCCCGGGAGGAGGGAGCAGCACAGCCCCACAGGAUCUACAAGCGCCAGGUGCCCGAGGCCGGGGCUGAGCAGGGCAGGAGCCCCCCGGCCCCGCGGGAGCCCUGCGGCGUGCCAGAGUCUGAGGAAAGCCUGGAGCGGUCUGAGAGGCGCAGGGAGCGGUGGGAGCAGAAGCAGCACAGGAGGAGGAGGAGGAUCAAGCAGCGCUCCAUCAGCAGGGAGAAGUGGGUGGAGACGCUGGUGGUGGCAGACACCAAGAUGGUGGAGUUCCACGGCAGUGCCAACAUCGAGAAGUACGUGCUGACCGUCAUGAACAUGGUGGCAGGGCUGUUCCACCACGCCAGCAUCGGGAACCCCAUCAACAUCGCCAUAGUGCGGCUGAUCCUGCUGGAGCACGAGGAGGAGGACCUGAAGAUCUCCCACCACGCAGACAACACCUUGAAAAGCUUCUGCAAGUGGCAGAAGAGCAUCAACGUGAAGGGAGACUCGCACCCCCUGCACCACGACGUCGCCGUGCUGCUCACCAGGAAGGACAUCUGUGCUGCCAUGAACAGGCCCUGUGAGACCCUGGGGCUGUCCCACGUGGCCGGGAUGUGCCAGCCCCACCGGAGCUGCAACAUCAACGAGGACACGGGGCUGCCGCUGGCCUUCACCGUGGCCCACGAGCUGGGACACAGUUUUGGGAUUCAGCAUGAUGGAAGCAGCAAUGACUGUGAGCCAGUUGGGAAAAGACCUUUCAUCAUGUCUCCACAGCUCCUGUAUGACACGUCCCCACUCACCUGGUCCCGCUGCAGCCGCGAGUACAUCACACGCUUCCUCGACCGGGGCUGGGGGCUGUGCCUGGAUGACCCCCCGGCCCGGGAGCUGCUGGACUUUCCCCUGGUGCCCCCGGGCGUCCUGUACGACGUGGGCCACCAGUGCCGGCUGCAGUACGGCCCCUACUCCACCUUCUGCGACGACAUGGACAGUGUCUGCAGCACGCUGUGGUGCACGGUGGGGAACACGUGUCACUCCAAGCUGGAUGCAGCUGUGGAUGGCACAGCCUGCGGGGAGAGCAAGUGGUGCUUCAAUGGCGAGUGUGUUCCCGUGGGCUUCCGGCCCGAGCCCAUCGACGGCGGCUGGAGCUCCUGGAGCGCCUGGGCCUCCUGCUCCCGCAGCUGUGGGGCAGGAGUGCAGAGUGCUGAGAGGCACUGCAGCCACCCCACGCCCAAGUACGGGGGCCGGUACUGCCUGGGCGAGCGCAAGCGGUUCCGGAUCUGCAACGUGCGGCGCUGCCCCCCGGACAGGCCCUCCUUCCGCCAGGUCCAGUGCAGCCAGUUCAACCCCAUGCUCUACAAGGGGAAGCUCUACAAGUGGACACCAGUGCCCAACAACAUGAACCCCUGCGAGCUGCACUGCCGGCCCGAGCACGAGUACUUUGCGGAGAAGCUGCGGGACGCGGUGGUGGACGGCACGCCCUGCUACGACAGCGACGCCAGCCGCGACGUCUGCAUCAACGGCAUCUGCAAGAACGUGGGCUGUGACUAUGAGAUUGACUCUCACGCCGUGGAGGAUCGCUGCGGGGUGUGCCACGGGGACGGCUCCACCUGCCACACCGUGCACAAGACCUUCGAGGACAGCGAGGGGCUGGGCUAUGUGGACAUUGGGAUUAUCCCCGUGGGAGCCCGGGAGAUCCGGAUUGAGGAGGUGGCAGAAGCCGGGAAUUUCCUGGCGCUGCGGAGCGAGGACCCCGAGAAGUAUUUCCUGAAUGGAGGCUGGACCAUCCAGUGGAACGGGGACUACAGGGUGGCAGGGACCACCUUCACCUACAAGAGGACAGGCAACUGGGAGAACCUCACCUCUCCGGGGCCCACCGUGGAGCCCGUGUGGAUCCAGCUGCUGUUCCAGGAGACCAACCCCGGGGUGAGGUACCAGUACACGAUCCAGCGCCCGGCUGACAGCGAGAACGAGAUCGAGCAGCCCGAGUUCCUGUGGCGCUUUGGCUCCUGGACCACCUGCACGGCCACCUGCGGGACAGGGGUGCAGCGGCAGGUGGUGCACUGCGUGGAGAGGCUGGCGGGGCUGGUGGAGGAGCGGUUCUGCGACGCGCUGACGCGCCCCGACGACCAGCAGCGCACCUGCAGCGAGGAGCCCUGCCCAGCCAGGUGGUGGGUGGGUGAGUGGCAGCAGUGCUCAGCCACGUGUGGCCGGGCAGGGCUGAUGAAGAGGACGGUGCUGUGCAUCCAGAGCGUGGGGCUGGACGAGCAGAGGGCCCUGCAGCCAGCAGACUGCCAGCACCUCACCAAGCCGGAUGCCACCAUGCCCUGCCACCCAGAGGUGCCCUGUCCCUCCCCGUGGGCUGUGGGCAACUGGUCCGAGUGCUCGGUGACGUGUGGGAACGGCACCCAGAGGCGCCCAGUGCACUGCAGCAACAGCUCUGGGACCCCGUGCGACCCUGCCCAGAGACCCAGCCCCCAGAGGCUUUGCUCCUUGCCACAGUGCCACCAGAAAUGGGACAGCACCGACUGGUCGGGCAGCGGCUCCUCCAGCAGGGAGGUGUUUAAUGAGAUCCAUUACAUCCCCAGCAAGCACGUUCCUAAAUUUAACCCCUUAAUCCCAAACGUCCCGGAGUCCAACGAUGUCAACGUCAUCAGCGAGGAGGACUUCUCAGCCAGGAAAGGAAAUGUCUUUGUGGAUGACUUUUACUACGAUUAUAACUUCAUCAACUUCCACGAGGAUCUGUCCUACUACCCCUUCACGGAGAAGGAGAGCAAAGGCGAGGAGCCCAAGGCAGAGCUGGGCACGGAGGGGCCCUGGGAGGUGCCCACCGAGGCCCUGCUCACCACCGAGCUGGGAGGAGAGAGCCAGGGGCAGCCAGGCCCCGAGGAGGAGCACACUGCCGCCCCUGUGCCUGGGCGAGACGCUGGGCCCGGGCAUUUAGCCAGGAAUGACCUCGUGAGCGUGGGCCCCGAGGAUGUGGGGUCAGCCACUGCCACACACACCACCCCUGCCUUUCUGGGUGAGGAGGAGGAGGAGGAGGAGGAUGCAGUGCCUGUGCCCCCCUCUGAGCACCACCCGCCCACCCAGAGCUCCGUGAGCCCCCACUCUGCAAACCACGGCCCGGCAGGGCCCUGGCAUGAGCCCCAGGGGGCUGUGCCCAGCAGGAGCAGCCUGGGGCAGGGUGUCCCUGCUCCCUGGGGUCCCCACCCCGCUGGUGGGGGCUGGGGCCGUGCCCAGGUGGAUGUGUCCCUUGCGCCAGCAGCACGGGGCGGCGGCAGCGAGGGCCGUGUGGGCACGCAGGGACAUGGCACUGCAGGGAGAGGCCACGGGGACUCCAGGGAAAUGGCUCUGGCCACCAGCAGUGCCAUUCCUGGUGCAGAGAUGCCAGAGGGGAUGCUGGACACGCAGGCAGGAGGGCAAUCCCAUGGCAUGGAGAGGGCAGAUGUGGCCUUGCCCACCCCACAGGCCCCGGGCUGGGAGGUGGCAGGGAGCGCUGGCAGCCCCCACCCUGCCCUGAGUCCCCCUUCUAUGGGACAGGGAGGGCAGCAGCCAGAGCUGCACAGCCCCACAGCCCCCACCUCCACCCCCUCGGUGGCCACAACAGCCCCUCCAGUGUCCUUGUCCCCUGCCACGGCCCCGCCAGCCGCCCAGCUCACCUCCAGCGGCCUCAGCCAGCAGCAUGGCCUGGGCCCAGCCGUGCCCACAGCCCCGGCUCACGGCCCAGCUGCCCGCUCUGCAGGCUCCCCCCAGGAAUGGGGCACACAGGGGCUGUCCCUGCACCCGGAUCUGGCAUCGCCCCACAGCGAGCUCACCUCCCAUGGGACCCCGCUCAGUGUCACUGCACCGAGGGACCCCUCACCGUGGGCACCCCCAGGGACACCAACGAGGGACCCCUCACCGUGGGCACCCCCAGGGACACCAACGAGGGACCCCUCACCGUGGGCACCCCCAGGGACAUCACCAAGGGACCCCUCACCGUGGGCACCCCCAGGGACACCAACGAGGGACCCCUCACCAUGGGCACCCCCAGGGACAUCACCAAGGGACCCCUCACCGUGGGCACCCCCAGGGACACCAACGACCCCUCACCGUGGGCACCCCCAGGGACAUCACCAAGGGACCCCUCACCGUGGGCACCCCCAGGGACACCAACGAGGGACCCCUCGCCGUGGGCACCCCCAGGGACACCAACGAGGGACCCCUCACCAUGGGCACCCCCAGGGACACCUGCCUCCAGUGAUGGGGGGCGGAGUUGUCCCAGCCCAGCCCUUUGCCCCCCUGCUCUGGGAGAAGAGGCUGGAGGAGGAGGAGGAGGUUCUGCUUCCACCAUCACCCCCCACAGCAGCCACUGCCAAGCCCAGCUGGGAGGUCGGGAACUGGAGUGAGUGCUCGGCCACGUGCGGCCUGGGCGCCGUGUGGCGCUCCGUGCGCUGCAGCAGCGGCACUGACGGUGGCUGUCCCGCGGCUGACCGGCCCGUCCCUGCCCGGAGGUGCUCCCUGAGACCCUGCUCGGCCUGGCGUGUGGGCACCUGGAGCAAGUGCUCCAGGAGCUGCGGCGGGGGCACCAAGGUGCGGGACGUUCACUGCAUUGACACCCGGGACCAGCGGCUGCUGCGGCCCUUCCACUGCCAGGCAGGGCUGGCACAGCCCCCGGCACAGCUGCCCUGCCACAGUGCCCCGUGCCUGGACUGGUACACGUCCUCCUGGAGAGAGUGCUCGGAGCCGUGUGGCGGUGGGGAGCAGGCCCGGCUGGUGACGUGCCCGGAGCCGGGGCGCUGCGAGGAGAGCCUGAGGCCCAACAGCACCCGGCCCUGCAACAGCCAGCCCUGCACCACCUGGGUGGUGGGCUCCUGGGGACAGUGCUCGGCUCCCUGUGGAGGGGGCAUCCAGCGGCGCCAGGUGAAGUGCAUCGACACCAGGACCGGGGUGGCCGAGGAGGACAGCAGCCUGUGUGACCACGAGCCGUGGCCAGAGAGCACCCAGAAGUGCAACCCCCAGGAGUGCGACAGCUCCGAGCCAGACGUGUCCUGCGAGCGCGACCGCCUGAGCUUCGCCUUCUGCCAGACGCUGCGGCUGCUGGGCCGGUGCCCGCUGCCCACGGUGCGUGCCCAGUGCUGCCGGAGCUGCGGCCAGCAGCGCCUGUCCCGCAGGUGACAGCGCCGUGCCCCGGCUGCCGGCACCGCCGCGUGCCCGCCAUGCCCGGCUCUCCGACUCGUGCUACUCUCAAACGGUGCUCAGACCAUCCCUGGGGCUGCUGCAGGUGCUGCUGGGGCUGGGCAGGCCCCGCUGCUCCCCAGCCACGUCCCAGGGACGCUGCCGCGGGCACCCUGCCCCGGCACGCCAGCGGGGAGGCAGGGGCAAGGGGAACUCAAAGCAGCAAUCAUCGGGGGAAGACCUCUCAGAAAUGCUCAUGGUGCUAUCAUUUGACAUUUGCAGCCUCUCAAAGGUGUUGGCUGGCCAGCACGAACCUUGAUUUUUAUUAUUAUUAUUUUUAUAUCUCUGGGGUGAGCAUCCAGCAUUGCACCGGCUCUGCCGACCCUUUGGGGUAGGGAUUUUUUAUUUUAACUUUAAGGGACUUGAAGCUGCCAAGCCACUCCUGUAAUUUUCAUUAAAAUGUUUACGCACUGAAGCUAAACAGAUUUAAUUUAAGAAGUGGAGGCAGGGCAGAGGAGUAAAGUUUCAGCUUCAGCUGGGGCUGGGCUCUGUCUCCCCAUUGCUGGCUUCCUCUGCCAAAGCCAUUGCUGUGUCCCUCUGGAGCAGAGGGCACCACCAGGGACACCGAGGUUUGGAGCCCACCAGGGCAUUCCCUUGAAUGCUUUGGGCAGGAGAGGGAAGCUGCCCUGGCAGUGAGUGGCACAUCCCCUCCCUCGUGGGCAGCCAGGUGCUCAGUCCCUGGAUUUCUCUAUGUGUAGCAGUGUAAUGCUUGGUUAAGGUGUUUUUCUGUGGCCUUACAGGCUGAACCCUUUUUUUCCUGCUUAUCUAGAUUCUCCUCUGUUAAGGUUAGCUGAUUUUUAACUAGAAUAUCCAUGUUACUCUGCGGCACAGCCCCUACUGCCUGCUCCCAGAGCCAUGUGGGAACAAAUCCCUCCCUGUCUCAGGAGGGAUUCCUGCCAGGUUGGUCUCUGGAGGAGGGCAGGAGUGUUUAGGUAGGAAUUCCUUUCCCUAUUACUCUUCAGGCUGUGGAGGGUGCCCCAGACCUGGGGGACCUUGAAGGGCAAUCCUCCCUGCAUGGGCAGAGUCAGGCUGGAGCCCAUCCCGGGCUGCAGAGCUCCAGGUGCAGCUCCCUGGGCUCAGCCCGAAUUCCUGUGUGUGAUUUGCAUGUAAAACACAAGCCAUGACCUCACCGUUUGUGCUUUAUUCCAUUCCAAGGUGGUGUAAAGUUUUUAUGGUCCAAGAACCUGUGUCCAGUCCUGGUUUCCUUGUCCCCAGCACCAUCUGUCCCACACCCUGUCACCCUCCCAGGAUUGCAAAGGGAUGAUCCUUGUGCUGGGGUCUCAUGGCCACAGCUCACAAACUGUUAAAUUAAACAGUUACUGAAGGAAGCAGGUGGGUUUCACAUUUUCUCCUCUCCGUGGGGAAUUCCGAAGGUUUUCAGCUAAUUGGAAAUGGUUCAGGCACUGGCAGCAGGAAGGAAAGAUCAGCUUGCAUCUGAAAAUCAUUCACAGCUGCCCUUUGCAACUGGGAUUUGUUGAUUAAAACAUGAGCCGGGCUGAUGGGGUAAAUCAGUUCUGCAAAUCAAUUUAUUUGUGGCACAGGACCUGGUGAGCCCCUCCUGCCGUGCCUCUCCACGUGCAGGGUCCCAGCUGUGGCUGAGGCCACAGGAUAAUCCCUCCUGUGGGACACCAGGCCGUUUUUAGCCACAUAACAAGCACAGAAACCGCAUUGUCAGUGACAAUAAAACACAUCUGGCUUAAAUAUCUGCAAUAU